UGAAUCUGACGUAAACUUGUAAACAAAAAACAAAACGAUAAUAAAGCGUUCGAACGAUUGUUUACGUUGCGUGUUUGAUAACAACGAAAUUUCCGUGAUAAAACAGUUGAAGUUUACAGUACAUUUUAAAAUGGAUAACAAUAUUGGUGUUGAGAAUGAUAUCGUAGUCCGCAGACGUUCUACUCUGUUCAACUCUAACAGCAAUUGUAGCUCAAGCUCACCCAGUACUUACAAACUAAGUUACGAGAAACAACUCAAAAACGAAAUCGAAAACUGGAACCGGUUAAUGAAUCUGAAAUACAAAGAAAUAAAGGAGCUACAACGGACGCAAAUCGAAUUGGAUGCUUCUUUGCUUUCAGAAGAACAGAAGCGCUACCUGGAGUUGGGUCCAAACGCAGAAAAUAUUUUGCAACAAGCAAACGAGUUCCGAAGUUUGGCCGAACGUUACAUACAGCGGAAAUCUUUCCUAGCCCAGCGAUAUGAUGCCAUACUCAAGGAUGCUCGUGCCAUGGUAGAUAACAAAGCGUUAAGUGUCGGUGAAAGGCAAUUACUCUCCGAGGAGACAGAAUAACAACACUUCAUUAUGUUUGUCACCAGUAUUUGUAUUUUACCGUUUAUUGUUAAUUACACAUUGUAUAAAACAUGCUUGAAACAUUAUUCGCCUUACAUUCUAUGCAUUACGCUAGUGUAACAGCCAUUUACAUUCGUCAUAUUCGUCAGCUUCAGUUAGUUAGCUCAUCUCAUACUCGUCAUUUGUUUAUUCCCGAUUGUAAAUUUAUAUAUUAAAUUGCACUUUUCAAAAACAGUGGAAGUGAAAUAAUUAACUUGUAUAAUUUAAAAAAACUCAAUAGAAAAAAAAAAAUACAAUUUAGGGUAAUGUACUUAGUUAAUA